CUUGAAAAUGACCCUAUAGUUCAGGGGAUUUUAUGUAAUUUGUCCUUAAAAAAAAGAUGAUUUAUUGGUCCUUUCACAAACUGGGUUCAUUCAUUCUCUCUGAGGAUCUUGGUGUGUGUUUCUUCAUUUCUGAUUUUCGUUUUCUGGGCUUUGACACUAUUUCUUAAGAAAAAAAACCAAAAAAUAGUGUUGGGGAGAGUUUUGGGUAGAGCAAAGAUGGGUGUCGGCCUAUCAGUUCUGAUAGGGUUGAAAGCAGCAGUGCUCUUCUUCUUCUUCGCAAACCUGAGAAGGUUAGGUUUCACUCUGCUAUCAAUUCCAUUUUUGUAUGGCUCUUUGGUAUCCAUGUUGGUUUCCUUAGCUUCUCACCCAUCCAUAGACCUUCCCAUGCUGUUGGGCAAGAACCCAGAUGGGAGUUUCCCAAUUUGGUCAAUCAUUAUGUUCAGCCCAUAUUUGUAUUUUGUCCGAUUCUUCUCGGCAUUGCGAAGAUUGCUCAGUGGAGAGGCUCCUUAUAGUGAAAUCUGCGAGGGUUUGUAUGUCGGCGGAUGGCCUUCUUCCCCUGAUAAACUGCCACCAGAUGACCCUGCCAUUGUUGAUUGCACCUGUGAGUUGCCAAGAAGGCCGGAGUUUUCAGGGCAUUCUUAUUUGUGUGUCCCGACAUGGGACACAAGGGCUCCUCAGCCGGCCGCCAUUGAAUCCGCUGUCAAAUGGGCUUGUCGAAAGAGGGACCAGAAAAGGCCUGUUUUGGUCCACUGUGCAUACGGUCAUGGAAGAAGUGUGGCUGUCAUGUGUGCACUAUUAGUUGCUCUUGGGGUGGCAGAGGAUUGGAAAAACGCUGAGAAAUUAAUUCGAGAAAAGCGUCCUUACAUUAGGAUGAAUGCUCUACACCGCAGGGCUCUGGAAGAGUGGUCAAAACAUCGGUUGUCUCCUUCUCAGAAGAAUGGAUAAACGAAUGUAACUUCAGCCAUUGAAUCUAUUUUAGUGCAAGAAAAAAAAAACAGAUUGAUAAGACAUAAGAUGAUUUCUUAUUUUCAACGUAUUAAAUUGUGCAAUGAUUGUUAUUGUUUAUCCCAGAUUUCUGUUAGUCUUCUAACCCUCA